AUGAUUGCUACUAGUUGCUUCAGCCAGCGACGUCAAGCCUGUUCUCAGCAGCCAACGAAACCCUCGGCCCUCUUUCACCCCUUCACAUACCGGCGAUUUCCCAGCAGCUUUAAACUAGCCGUUGGAGCAUCGCAAUCUUCCCGCAUUCAAUGCAGUCACGUGCGCGACGUGAACACGGAGGAGCUAGAUCACCUGGUGACCGGCGAGCGAGAGACGCCUCUCGUGAUUGACUUCUGCGCUGACUGGUGCGGGUCGUGCGAUAUCCUCUCCGAGCAACUUGAAGAGUUAGCGGAGGAGUACGAUGGGCGCGUGCGGUUCGUCCAAGUGAACACUGACCAGGAAUACGACCUUGCAGACCAGCUGGAGAUCCGUGGGCUUCCAACUAUGGUGUUCAUGGGUAAGGAUAAGGCCAAACGAGCCACCCGCAUUGAAGGCAUGCUUUCACUUCACUCCACCGCCACCUUUCCCAUUAACCUUCCCCUUCAUCCUUCCUCCUCCCCUUCUCCCUUCCCAUUCCUCCUUUCGAUUGGCCCCAGGGCUGCAGCAGCUGCCAUUGCACGGAGAGGCAGGGCGGGCAGAGGGGGAAGGAGAGGCGGAGGGCAUGACAUGAGGGGUGAUGAUGACAAUGACGAUGCUGGUGAUGGUGGUGAUGAUGGUGGGGAUGACGAUGAUGAUGCUGAAUUGCUGCUGGAGAAUCAGAGCGGGCAGAGAUUAGACAUGGCGCCUAUCGAUAAACGCUCUCUGGUGACAGGCCUGCUACUGCACUCCCAUGGCCGGUCUCUCCUCACCAAAGGCAACUUCGUGGAAGCCCUCCCUGUGCUGGAGAUGGCAGAGGAGGCAUUCAGCAUCUGCGAUGCCAAAUUUACCGAGGCUAUAGACAACAUUCCAAUGCUCCUGUUGGACAUUGUAUGGUGCCACUACAUGACAAAAGACGUCGCCAGCCUGGCAUCCGCUAAAGGACGGCUCGCUGCAGCCCGGUCUGCUCUGCGCAAGGCUCAUGGCGCGGACAUGUCAAGGUUGAGGAUGCUUCAAGGAAACUUCCGACCAGAGCUAGCCACGUAUCUCCGUCUUGACCUAUUAGACGCCAUUGCAGCAUACCACAGUGGAGACCUGACACGAGCCCGCCCGCUCCUAGCAUCGGCCCAGUCCCUCUUUCAGCAGCUCCAAGUCUCUGACGAUUCAUUGGCCAGCCUCGCAGGCAUGGGCUUCUCGGCCAAUGAGGCGAGGCGGGCGCUGCGCGUGGCGGGUGGCGACGUGAGCCGGGCGGCGGAGUUUGUCAUCUUGCAACGGCAGCGGGCGGUUGAGAAGGAAGAAGAGGACAGAAAGCAGAGACGGAUUGAGAGGGAGCAGCGGGCCUAUGGGAAGACGCCACGUGGCAAGAAGGUGGACAUGCGGCUGCUGGACGAGCUGGCAGCAUACGGGUUCACGCGGCGGGUGGCAGCAGAGGCACUAAGGCAGAGUGAGAACCAUCACCAGCGGGCCCUAGACGCUCUCCUUGACCCAAACUCGCUCGCUGCUCUCGAGGUGGCAGUGGCAGAGGGGAAGGCAGACGGCAGCAGGAAGAGGCGCAGCAGAAGCGGUGGUGCUGCUGGCGGUGGUGCGUGUUCAGAUGACUCAGUGGCAGCGCUGGUGGCUCUGGGCUUCUUUGCUCACCAAGGUACCUGCUCUUGGUCCUCCGCCAUCAAGGUAUCUCUGUAG